AUGUCCGCCUCACCUUCUCCUGGUCCUUCCACCAAGCCUGGAACACCGACUCCCAAACAUGCCACCAACGCAACGGACAAACAACGCGCUCAGCUUGAGCGGCUGCUCAAAGAUCCGGCAAAGCCGGCAUAUAUACCCCCGCCGCCGAAAGACAAGACUAUACGACCACCGAGGGAGAUGAUGAAGAAUGUACAGGGCAGCAGUGCCGGUGCAGGAAGCGGAGAGUUCCACGUAUACAAGGCCAGUCGACGGAGAGAAUAUGAGCGGCUAAAGAUGUUGGAGGAGGAGGCGCAGAAAGAAACGCUUGAAGCCGAGUUCGAGCGUAAGAAGCGCGAACGCGAAGAGGCUGCUGCUGCGAAAACGAACAAAAACAGGGCAAAGCGGCAAAAGAAGAAGGAGCGGACCAAAGUGGGCAAGGAGAAGGACGCCUCGACCGACGGCCAUGCCGGCGACGGCGUUCCGCUCAAGAAGCGGAGGUUAGUGAACGGCGCAGAAGUCACCUUCAAGAGACCCGGGGAGGAGAGUGACGACGAAGACGAGGGGGCGUCGGGUCCACAGCCCGCUGACGGGCGGCAGGACGAGGGCGACGAGGAGACUCGGACGGUCGAGCAUACCGGGACGACGCCGCUCGCAGAAACCCACCAGAUUGUGAUACACGAAGAUGACUGA